UCAGAAGGGCCGUGGGGUCCAGGGGCCCUCUGAUGCCUUUGUGUCUUGGACCAGGUGGAGAAUACCAUACGGUGGAGAGUGCGCAGAGAUGCCCAGGGCAACCGAGUGAGACAGAGCAAUGCUCGGAUGGUCAAGUGGUCGGACGGGAGCUUGUCUCUGCAUUUAGGCAACGAGGUGUUUGAUGUCUACAAGGCCCCAAUGCAGGGCAAUUACAACCAUCUGUUUAUAAGAGAAGAUACUGGCCUACAGGGACAAGCCGUCUUUAAAUCCAAACUCACUUUCAGGCCUCACUCUACAGACAGUGCCACACACCGGAAGUUGAUCCUGCCGCUGGCUCGGUGUUCGAAGUCAAAGAAGAUCCGAAUCUUACCAAUGGCCAGCUGUGAUCCGGAGAGCCAGCACACGACCGUGAUGAAGAAAGAAGACCGUCUGAGGGCAUCCAGACACGGGGAAUCCCAGACAGCCCCGGCUCGGGAGAAGCAGGGCCUCCCGGGGCCCAGUACCUCCUAUGGGGGCGCUGAGAGUGAUCGUGAUGAGGAGGAGGGCAGAGGCGAAGAGGCCAGCAGCUUGGCUACCAUUGAAAGCCGUCACCACGGGGGCCUCCGAGAAGGCGAACCUUCCAGAAAGAAGAGAGUAUCAGGAGAUGCAGAGAGGGAAGAGAAGUGA